AUGCCUCUCCAUAGUCUUGGCCUCCGCACACCAAGUGUGCUGAACACCGUCUUCGCCGCGCAGGCUUUGUUUCUGCUAGCAAAUGGCGUGUACACAAUCUCCUGCCCUACGGCAGCCGCCAGCAUCCCUGACUCACCUAUGACUGGAGUUCCCGAACACAUGGUCCAAGCUAUGGGAAUCACCUCUCUGUCCAUCGGUACCGUGUAUGCAAUUGCGAUAUACCAGCGGAAUUUGCUUAUCAUGUUGUCUUCUUUGCCUGGUCGCCUUUUUGCAGCCUUUAUUUUCAAUCGCAAUGGAGGAGGGUGGAAGCAGGUAGCCAUUUUCGAAACUACCAUGGCGUUCGUGACUGGUGCUGCUCUUCUCUGGGAUCACUAUGCUUGA